AUGUACUACCCGGUGGAUUCUCACAAAGAUUCGGCUGAUCUUGAUUUCUUAUGUGCUCUUCCCGAGUUUGAAGCCUCUUUGCCGCCUCAUAGUCAUGAUUUUCAGGGAGGGAAUCUAUUGGAAAAUCAUUCCUUGGAUUCUUCUGGUCCCUCGGCGUCUGGCAGUGCAUCCUCCUCUCCCGGGGACUCGUCUUCAAGUGACAACAGCGGGAGCGGGAAUUCCUCGUCGUCAUCAUCCCCUGACCCCUCGACACGCAAUGCAGCAGCUAGGGAAAUGGGAGCUUCAUCGCCCUCGUCACCUAUUAUAGAGGCAGCAGCUACUUUUCGUAGCCAUUCCAGCUCCAGCUCCUUGUCAACGAGCCCUUCUUCAUCGAGGGAAUCCAGCAAUUCUAGUUCCUCACAUGAGCUGGGUUUGAGCUAG